UUAAUUAAGGGAGCUCUUCUCAGGCGGGUUAGGGACACCCCGCGUUAGGGCCCCUUGCAGCCGGUUGUUACAUUGAGGUCAGAGGUGAAGCUCCAGUUGCUACAACCCCCGGCGGAGAGGAUUUUGUUGCAAUGUCGGGACCGAAUGGAGAGCCGGCUGUUAAUGUGGAGCAUGAAGAGGACGAUGUACCCGCUGAAGAAUAUGAUACACUCAACUUGAUGCUUGAUCAGAUCGACUCUUGCUUGGACAACCUUGAGGAGAAGAACGAUGUACUAAAUGCUAAAUUUCAAGAACUGUUGGAGUCAAAUCGCCAAGCAAGGAUGGAAUUUAGGCAGCAACAAAUUGAUGCAACAGUCCUUUCAAUAGAAUCCAAGAACCAGAAGGCUUGACACAGAUCAUUUUUCUAUUAAGUUGUAAUAAUUCUGUUGAUUGUAACUAUUGCACAACUUUCCUGUGAUGCUCGUUAACAAUUUUCAUCAGUCUUGCUCCAUUGAUAUCUUUUGACAAUGUAGCAUCUUUUUUCUUAAGGGUCCGACUCAAAACAUCACCUGUGUCCUUCAGUGAUGCUGCCUGACCUGCUGAGUUACUCCAGCGCUUUGAUGAUUUUUGGAAACCUGCAGUUCCUUAUUUCUCCAUCUUUUAUUCUUGCCUGUUUUAAUUGUGUAAUUCCCCAUUCAUCUCUUCAAGGAACCAGUACUGCAUCUUCUAAUCAUAACUUUUGCUGGAUAAGAACACAUUUAUAUUUCAAAUGGAACACCUUGAUGUUUGUUUUUUAUGCAACAGUGUACUUGGACAGGACUGAAAGGCUACUAGUUUUUUGUAAGCUUGCCCAGUUAAUCUUCAAAGUAAACAAAUCCCACAAUCAUUUUCAUAAUUUUGAAUUCAUGUUUUUCAAGACAAUCCAAUUUCCCCUUUAAUUUACUGAUGUUAGCCUUCUGCCAACUCCAUCGAUUCGCCAGAUUCUGCAAUAAACCUCACUCUAAAAUGUCUGUAAUCUUCCUGCUGAUAAAUCAAGAGUGGUACCCUUAUUAUGCUAAUCAUUUGUUUUAUCUUUUAAUUUCUUGACUAUUUUCAAAGAUAAUUUGAAAGUGUUCUCUAACUCAAACAUUCCCAGCUUCCACACUUCUCCCCCUCGUCUGAGUGUUUGCUGCCAGAAACAAAUGUAUUUGGUUUUUAUUGUUGUUUUUAAGUGCAUCUGUUACUUAGGAAUGGCUAGUAUAGAGCUCUGUGCUUUAUUUGAAAAUUAAAUAGUUCUGUAAUCCAGUUAAAGCCAUACCAUUCCACUGGCCGUCUUGUAGGACAUGGAUGAUGAAGGAAAAUUAAAAGAACAUCUUGCAAGG